AUGUAUUCCUUAAUUAAAAACCAAAACACUCAUAAUAAUAAUCAUAAUAAUAAAUUUACUAAGAUCAGUCUCACUCCUACUUCUUCUCCUACAAAAAAAUCAGUGAUACAAGAUGCUCUUCAAAACAAAGAAAUAAAUUAUUUUAACUUUAAUGAUGAUGAAAAUCUCAAUGAUGCUAUGAAGCAAAAUUUAAAGGAAAAGAGAUUUUUUAUGACCUAGAACUUCUCUAAAGUUAAAUUUUAGGCUAAGCAGUUCGAAUCUAAAUUUACUGGAAAAAGGGCUAAAUCUGAAGCAAAUAUUUUGAAAGACUUGUUAAAAGAAGAUUAAUAAGAAAAGAAGUCUCUUAAGAAAUAAGACUCAUAUAUGUUCUUAGAUAUGAUGCUUUAAAAUAACUUUAUUUAAGGAAACUUUAAAGAUUAUAUUGUUGGAUCUGCUGAAGAUUAGCCCUAUUUGCUCAAAUAAAAAUAAACAGAGUUUGCAAUUAGAAAUUACUCUAAUGAAUUACCAGUUUUGCCUAAACCAAUAAGUCUGGUAGACUAGCUUUAAAAGGAUAAAUAAAAAUCUUUCCGCAGCUAGAAUUUAUAGAUUAACAUAAAUGGCUACGGAUUAAGUGAUAUGCAUGCUCCUUUUUUAGUAAAAACAUUAAAACACAAGCCAGUAAAAUCAGUAGAAAUUGGUAAUAACAAUUUCAAGGACAAAGGCAUAGAGAUGAUUUUAUCUGAAUUGAUUAAUUAUGAGACCUAGUCUUUAGAUUUGUCUUUUAAUACCUUUACUUUUAGAAUCAUGGAUUCGUUUUAGAAUGUGCUAUCUUAAGAGUAUUCUCUCAAAGAUCUAAAUUUAGAAGGAAACAAGUUAGGAGAUGCUGCUAUUGAAAAAAUCUCUAAGUAUGCCUUACAUUUAGAAAUUUUAAAUGUAGCUAAUAAUUCGAUUACUAAUUAAGGUGCUAUAUACUUAAAUAGAAUGCUCAAAGGCUAAACCAGACUAAGAGAACUCAAGCUACAUUGGAAUAGAAUAAAUGGCAUUGGAGGUAAAUUAAUUGCUGAGGCACUUUACCACAAUGACUAUCUUAAGGUCUUAGAUAUUUCAUAUAAUUCCAUGGGAAUAGGUGAUCCAGAAUGCUCUGUCUAUUGGGCAAAAAUGCUUAGUAAGGACUCAAAAUGUGGUUUGAUACAUUUAGAUUUGUCUUAUAACAGAUUUGAUGAGGUGUCUUCUAAAAUUAUAUCAAAUGAGCUAAGAAAUAAUAACACAAUUUAUGGGUUACAUUACAAAGGUAAUAGUGGAGAAAUAGAUUGUCAAGGCUUCCUAGUGAAUAUUAACUCUUGCGAAUAAAAUUCAUUAAAGCAGGAAUAAGAGAUUCAGUCAACUUUUAGAAGGAUGAAAACAUCUAAUGAGAUAAAAGGUAAGUUUGGAGUGAUGGAGAAUUGCUGGAUAUGUGAAGGAUGGCAAGAAAAAGAGUUUCUUUGGAAUCCAAUUUUUUCUGGUCCUGUUGAGCUUCCUCCUGUUUUUAUUCACUUUAAUUUUGAUGGUUACAAACCACAUUAAAUGAAAUAUAUUAAUUUUAACGGAAGGAAGUAUUUUUCUCUUUUUUAGAUGGUUCCUCCUAAUACUAAAAUUUUAUAUUUCUUUACUGCAGCAGGCAACUAACUUCAUGCCAAAGAUUAAUAGUGGACUAUUUAAGAGGCAACAAUUACUAUACAAUUUGCUGAUAAAUCCAAAGAAUGCUUCUUAAAUAAAUUAAAUAUUUUAAGGUCAUCUGUGAGCAACUAACUUUACGAUAGCGAAUAUACCAUGUCUAUAGAUUGUAUCCCAAGAAAAUAAGAACUAGAAGCUUUUAUGCCUAAGUAGUAAUUACUUAAUUUCUAAUGGGACAUAUAGAAUUCAGUUUUCGAAGAUCGAGUCAAGAAUAUACGAGAUGAUAAUUUCUAUAAUUAAUGCUUUGAUUUUGAUUGGAAAUGGGGUGUUAGGCUAGCCAGAGUUGUUAAGGAGGUGGAUUAAUUGGAAAAACUAAGAGUUUAUCUUAAACCUCAUUACUAAAAACUUAUUAAACUUUAUAAAUAUUAUGCAUCAUAUUAGCCAAAUGGUGAGUUGUGGUGUUGGAACUAAUAGAUUUAUUAAGAUUUUGUUGUUGAAGCUGGUAUUGUUGAUGGAAGAUAUUUUAAAAUAAAAGAUAGUCUCUUAUGUUUCAUUAUGUCAAACAACUUAGCAGAAACUAAAACUCAUCCUCAAUUAUUUAAUGAAUAUCAGCUUAUGUUAAAUCCAGAAAAUUGUUUGAUUAGAUAUUAGAUGAUGGAAAUAUUUACUUUAAUAAGUAUUGAUAAAUAUAUAAAACCAGGGUUGUGUAAAACUCUAGUUGAUGCAGUAGAAACAUUGUUUAAGCAUGGACUUGGAAGUAUAAUAGAUAAUAUUCCAGACAGCUAGGAGUGGAGAGAUAAUAAAUUAUAUACUGAAAAAGUAGAUAGUAUAAUAAAAUUAUAUUACUAGCUCUUCCAGCAGUUAUUCAACAAAUACAGUAAAAGAAGAGAUCCUAAAGAUGUGAUGGGACUCUUUGAUUUUAAAUAAUUUUUAUCAGACUACAAAUUCAUAGAUCUUGAUGAAAAAUCUAUUAACAUUAUAUUUAACUCAAGUCUGCCUAUUUAAAUAGAUGAAUUAAACAAAUAAACUCAUAUGCAAAUGGAUCUAAUGUCCUUUAUAGAAGCAUUGGCAAGAAUUGCUGAUUAAUAUAGCUUUUUACCUUAUAAAUAAGAGUAAGAUAAUUUUUGGACGAAAGAGAAAUGCUAGGAAAAUCCAUUACAUAUUAAAUUUGAAUCUUUCAUAUAAAAAUUGAUAAAAAAUUCUAACAAUAUUAGCUUCUAAAAUGAAUUUGAUUAUUAAGAUAAUAGCAUGUUUUUAGAGGAUUUUGAAUCUAUUAAACAUGGAAAAUAAAUAUUAGAAAAAACUAGAAAAAUGAUACAAAAAAAAGUAGUAGGAACAAUAUCAACUAUCUUAAUGAUGAAAGGAAAAAAGGAUAAAGAAAAAACCUACAGUCUAACUAAUUAGGUUCCCUCUUCAUUUAACAUAGGAGCAGGGUAAUAAAAUUCUAAAGAUUAAAUAAUCAACCAAUAAUAAAGUGGUUCAUUUUUUAACAUCAAGCUUAAAAAUAUUUCUCAAGGAAUAAAUUAAGAUAGCAGCUCACAAAGGUUAAAUACAAAUGAAUAAGAUAAUUAAGAAAAAAGUGUUUAAGAUGAAUCAAAAUAAGAUAAUUAACAUAAACGUAAUUCAGAAGAUGCUUCAAUAUUUAGUUCUCGUUAAAAUAUCGAAGUAGAAUAAAUAAAAGAACAUCCUCCUUAAAAAAAAAGAAGCUUAAUAUAUAUUUAAACUAAAAACUUAAAAAGAGAAACAAGUUUAGGGAGCAGCAGAUAACCUCCUUCACCUGCAUAUAGUGGAAAUCAAAAAUUAGAAAAUAAUAGCAGUAUUAAGUUUAGUGCAAGAGAUUUAAGUGAUAUAAAAUCGAGUAGAAGAAGUGGUUCCAAUAAUAAUUUAGAGACAAAGUAAUAAGUAAAACAUAUAGAAUUUGAAACACCUAUCAGCAAAACUAUAUCAUUAAAUAGUACUCAAAUAAAUGAAAGUAUCCAGAAAAAACCUGUAUAGGAACCAAUAAUAAAAGUAAAUUUUAAUUCAAGAAGUAAAAUAUAAUCGAACUCCCCUUCAACUGCCGUUUCUUCACUAACUUCCAAAAGUAAUGCAACGAACAGAGUUAACUUUUUCCCUAAAAAAACAGCAUACGAUAUAAAUGAAAUCAAAAAGAGUGUGUUUACAUUAACUUAAUCUUAAUUAGAUUUAAAUACACCAAGUGUCUUAGUAACUCAGAAUUCUUACUUACAUAGCCCUAUAAAAGUUAUGAAUUAAAAUAAAAAUACUAUCAAAAGAAAAAGUCUUAACAAAAUAAUAUGA